AUGUGUUAUGGAGGUUUUCUCGCCUACUUCAUGACCGCCGGGUCGAUGCGACGUUGCCGCGGCAGUCAGGACAUUGGUCAACGGACGGCCUCCCUAUGGGGUGCCUCCUCGCAGCUGCUGCCGCGAUGGGCAAUGACGUCAGGCGGCGAGUCGCCGCCACGUCUCGACUGGGCACAGCCAGCUGCGCAAUCCUCGUCAGCGUCGAGAGUGUGGCAAGUGUGUGUGCUGCUAGGUCAGGAGGUGCUCGAUGCUUUCUUGAGCCCUUGGACAGAAGUUGUACCACCGUCGCCCUCACCGGUGGCGGCAACAAGGAUGGUGCGUCUUUACGGCAUCUACGAGCCUCUCCUGCAGACCAUCACCGCGACGGCGUUCUUCAGCAGCUUCGCCCUGCUGUGCAACGCACAAUGGCGCUACGCAGUGAUGGGCACCGCUGAACAGCAUCCCAGCCUCUGGAGGGCCAUCGUGGACGUCACCACCACCACAGCUACGGCAACAGCGUUGGCGGGAGCGACCGACGAGGUGAGCAAGGACGCCGCCUCCAUCCUCGAUGGAACAGGCAGCUACGCCGCUGCCGCCGUAGCCUCUCUGUCGCCUCCCAGGUGCCGAGGCUCCAUCGUGGCACCUCGAAUUCUUCUCCAGCAAUCCCUCGCGGUGCAGCGUCGGCGUUCAACACGUGCGCCCGCGUACGCCAAUCGUGCCCGCGAUCGUGGUGAUAGUACCCAAUGCAACCUCGCAGACAGCGGCGACCUUCCCGACACCGUCCACGCCAAGCACACGAGGCGUGAUACUGGCGGCCACGAGGCAACGGCCGCGGCGGCGGCGAGCAUGGACGACGUCCUUGUGGAGGAUACAACGCCUAGAGGCAGCCGGCGCAAGUCCUGGCGGCGCAGCUUACGUCCUGCCGGACUGCAACAGCAGCACCAGAAGCGAAGCCCAUCUUCUAUCGACGAGGACUACGAUGACAUCGACGACGAUGACGAAACGCUGUGGAAUAGCGUGGAGCCCGGCAGCCAGGCCAGCCACAUCCCCUUCUCGUCCGCCUUCAGAGAUAACGAGGACCCGUCAAGCACCGGCAGCGGCCUGUGGCGUCGACUGCUGCGCUGCUCCGGGCGGCGCCUGUGGUCUUUCCAUGCUUGGGCGUGCGAGGAGGGACAGGAACGUACCAGCCGACACGGGCGCACUGGCGAUGGUGGUAGGGGCCGCUCGUCUCGUGAACGGCACCGUCACCUCCAGCACUUGCGCCAGCGGCUGCUCGCCGCUUUCUGGCUGAGCGACGCCGUGAUGGUUCUCCUAACAUUCCUCUUGUUUGCUCUGCUAGCGGUGGCCCGCGUCGCCGUCGCCGUGGCGGCGACGUCCGCCCUGGCAGCUGUAGAAGCGUCAACAACGCCAGGGAGUUCUGGGCUGGUGCGUGGAAGACGUGGAGUUCAACGACUGCCCACAGCCACUGCAGUCGCAGCAGCCGUCCCAUGCCCCACAGAGGGCUUUGUCGGGGUAGCUGGGCUGCUACUCCUCGCUGCGGAGCGGGUACUUGUGGGCCGUUGGAUGAAACUACCCGGGCAGCUUCUUGCCACGGUGUCUGAAGCCGCAGCGGCUGCGUCAGUCACAACGCCCGCCGCUCGCAGAGGCUCUGUCGCCGCACGCCAGCAGCGACUUCGGCCGCGUGUGUCGUGUCGCACCUGGCAGAGGUCAGGCAGCAGCGCAUUCCGCGGCAGCCUUGAUCUCUCGCACCUUCCGUCCACUGGCCAACUGCACGGUAGGGAGACGGCAGGAUCUACCGCGAUAAGCGCAACCGCAACAGCGGCACUGGCGUCGAUGACGCCAGUGCCGUUCCACUUUCGGCAUGUGUUGACGGUAGCUCUACUCCUGCUGAUGCUGCAGCUUUAUUCAGACGCCGCGUGGGCGUGGGCGGCGGCGGUGCUGCUUACGACGGGGAGUGCGGUAGCCAACCUCGUCGACGCCGUCGCGGAUCCGCUGCGUUGGGUGUCCACCGAGUAUCGCCGUCUUUUGUGUCGCACGUGGUGGGAACUCUUCUUCUCAGUUUCUUUUACACCGCCCUCGCUCGAAUCCGUGAACGCGCAGGGGCAGCACGUGACAAGGUCCAGGCCGGCAGCGACACCGGGGUCGCUCGGUGGACUGGGUUGGCCAGCGACGGUGAGCAGGGAGCUGCUGAUGAACCGGGGCAACAGCGUCGGCAUGGCAGUCAGCGGCACCGUGAUGCCGCCGUUUGGCAGUCGUCUCCGUCGCCACUCCAUCGCCCAUCGAAGUGCGCGCCUAAUGAAGGCUGGCGGAGGCACAUGCCCGCCGUGGAUGGUGCGCCGUCUCGGGGCCUCCUUCGCCGGCACAGCCCUUGGCUCCGCCCCUUCUCUACCCCCUCCCUCAGCUGUGACGACAACAGCGACGACGUGGGGAGAAGGCGCAACAAGCGUCGUUGCGGGCGAAGACCGGGAAGACGAUGGGCUCCUCGGCGGCGACGCACCAGGCUCACACGGCGCAGCUGGAGGCGGCGCGGCCGCGGUGACGGCCAUCUCGCCUAUGGAGUUCUGGCACAGUGUGGCGGCGAAGGUGCUGCAGCAGUUUGGCAAAGCCACGGGCGAAGCGGCGGAUGCGGCGGAGCUUGGCAGCAGCAGUCCACGCGCUCUUGGCGGUGCAGAAGACGUGAACGGCGUCGGUGUUGUUCCCACUGUCACCGCCGCCUUUCUACGCUUGAUGCCGGGCGUCAAUCCUUUGGCGAUGCAUUCACCGACGCCGAGUUUAGGGCACUUGAGCUCCGCGCCUGCCCGCUUCACACGCGAGAACCUAAAGGGAUCAAUGCUGUUGACGCUGCCGACCGUCGCACGCGUGGGCGGGAAGGCCGAGGCAGUGGAGCUGGAGAUGCGAGAACGGCUGCUCGCGAUGGAGCGCGAGGAGCUCCGGCGUGGGGAGAGGGCGAUGCAGGCACGGCGACUGUCUGCCUCGGACACGACGACAGCCGCCCCAACCCUUUCUGGCGAGAACGAGGAGGAGUUGCACUCCGGGAAUCACGACGACGGUGCUGGGGCUCUUGAGACGGCAAGCGAAGCCCAGCAGCAGCACUCGGUCACGCAAGAUGGAUGGCUUUCGCGGGCGCUGGCAACUGUGGUGCCCAGCCUCGCUGCGACGCACUGCAGCUGUGAGGACGACGGUGUGCCGACAUCGUCACCGUCGACACAGCUCGACUCCACCCCGACGGUGCUGAGCGUGUCCGUCAACGAGAGCCUAUCGCUCAGCUCCUCGUCAACGUGUGCGUGGAUGAACGAAGAGGAAACCUUUGCGCGCUUCCUGGACUGCGUCCGCCGCGACGGCGACAACACGUACGCCUUGCAGAGUUUACUGGCGGUUUACGGCCACACCUAUGGGCAUCGGGUGGACGCCAAAGGGCGCGGCGCCUUGCACUACGCAGCCAUGGGAGGGUUUGUGCAGGGGGCGAUCUUUCUCAGCCGCAUCGGCGCUGAGCCGAACGUGCUGGACAAGGCCGGCUACGCGCCGCUGCACUACGCAGUGCUCUACCGCACCGAAGUCCACACGUCGCCGCACAUCACGGCCGAGUCGCCGAGCGCAGCCGCGCAAGGGGCUCGACAUGUCGUAGGCAUACCUACUGUGGAAACCACUGCCGUGCAAGCUGCCGCGCAGGUGACAAGGCGCCGGCGACACAACCAGCAGCAGCGACUAAAGUGGGUGCAAGCACAGUUGCAGGCCGCCUACUCGGCCGGCAGCGACGCACCUAGUGGAGUGGAAGGCUGUGACAGCAACCUCUGGAGCCCACCGGAGACGGCCCCCACAGACAGCAGCACGACGGCGCGCGUGAAGAGAGGAAGAGAGACCCCCCUGUGCACCAGGAGCGACCCGGUGACCACACGUGCGCCUGGCAAGCCGUGCGCUGUCUCGCCGCCCCAAAUCGUCACCCCGUCAUCGCAGCGGCCGCCGUCGUCGAUGGGCGUCGGUAACGCGGCCGCUGGAAGCACAAGCAGCGCCAUGCGUGGCCCGAGCCGAACGGCGAUCCCAGCCACAACCACGGCUGUUCCGGCGGCGGCGGCAGCAGCAGCAGCAGCUGUCGCGGAACCGGAGGAGGGGCACUGGUACGGCAUGGUAGGUGCACUGGUGCGUCUCGGGGCGCACGUCGACCUCCCCACCACAAAGGGCCUGACAGCGCUGCACCUGGCCGUGAUGCAGGGGUCCGUUGGGCUCGUCAACACGCUGCUGCGCGAAGGCGCGAACCCGCUGCUGGGGCUCGAGCUAGAGACACGGUCACUCGCCUCCAUGGUCAACGCGGCCUCGUGUUGUGAGAGCGCCAAUGAAAACACUGAAGUCCUCGUGAAAGGCGCCGGCAAGACCGCUGCGCUGUGCAGCUCUGCCGGGCAGCCCAACAACAAGGGAAGGGACACAACCUUUCUCGUGCCGAGCGAGAAGGACAACUCGCGCACGGCACUGGGGGACGCCAGUGGCUCUCUUGCAGCCUUCACGCGGCGCUGUGAGUGGGUGGACAUGCACAUCACCAAUGCCGGCAACCCCAUCACCAAUGGGCACUGCAAGUCGCCUCUACUGCUUGCCGUAGAGCUGGACGCCGAUUUGGCAGUGGCCAGUAUGCUGCACUGCAUCGCCUUGCAGGCCACCACGGCCCGGGUGGUGGCCGGACUUUCACAGAGUAUGGCGGCUGCACCACGUAUGCCCGAACGGCCGCCGCCAGUGCUGCUGGCGGCACCGCCAGGAGCCGCCUCUCUAGUCGCGAUGGUAUCCGUGGCGCCGGACUCCCUGGCGUCGCUGCCCGUCCCCGCCCCCUCUGGUGAUCUCCCCACAUUUCCUGCACCGCGAGCCCGCGCCUUUGCGACGUCGACGGCGCAUCCGCUGGCUGACAACGGCGCAGGAACGGUCGCCACGCCGCUUCCGUCGCUGAUAUCGGCAGCCGCCGCCGCCGUAUGUGCCAGCUCUAGCAGCGCCAAUAUCCACCCGCCAGGUCGGCUGAUGUCUCCGCACACGCCUGGUAUCGCGGAUACUAGCGUCUCCUCAAGCGCCACCACUACUGCCACGGCCGCCAUACCCGAUUCGCCAUCCACGAAAACUUGGUGGGAGCGGUGCUGCCUCCACGACUUCAACCCCGUGCACAUCGCCUUGGUCCUUGGCAACGCGCAGGUGACACGGGUUCUGCUUCUGCGGUGGUGCUACGCCGAGGAUGUCGCGCACGGCCGUGACGCCGCCGCGGCUCCGCACAAGUCCGUGAGAGAUGCAGAGAAACUGGACGGAAGGAUGCGCGAGUCGAGCUCGAGCGAACCGCGAACGACCACUAGCGCGACGACGGUGCCGCCGUUGCUGUUCUCUCAGGCCACGGCGGUACCCGACGUUACAACUAGUACCCUACUGGACUUCGCCAGUGGUGCGAACAUCAGCUUCCAUGUGGACAGGUUAGCGGCGGAGCAGCAACAGCAGCAGCCAGUGCUGGCGCACGUCGCAGUCCCCCUCUCUGAGAAGGCUGACAGAUAUUCACGGUAUACAAGUGUGAGUGGCGAAGCAGCAGCAGCAGCAACCGCGCCCACCGAGACCCUCCUCGUCCCCUCCACCGGCCCCGCCGCCUUCUGGGCGCGACCGCUGCACCUGAACCUAUUCCACCUUGCGGCCGUGGGCGAUUCGACGGAGUGCCUUGCGUACGUGCUGCGCUGGCGUGGCGCGCCAGACUACGUUCCGUGUGCGCUGGACGACGUCUUUGAGAAGGAGCAGCGCGCUGAAAGUCCCCAGCGAGAGUCAGCGACGGCGACGCAGGACGCGUAUCAACGUCGUCGACAGCAGAGGCGGCUACGCGCCUAUCAAAGUAGCCAAGCUGCUUUCGACCUCGCUGGGGUGGCCGAGUUCUUGGCCGUGGCGGCGGCGACUACCGAGCCGAAUGCGCCCAAUACGGAGGAGUGCGUCUUCCCUGCAGAUGCGGGCAGCAGCAGGGGCAACAGCAGCAGCAGCAGCAGCAGCAGCAGCAGCGCACCCUGGGUCAACCUCAUGAUGGCGAGCGGUGGAGGUGCGGCUGCCGCGGAAGGAGCAGCUCUGCUGGAAAAGAUUGUUGAACUAGACGAUGUCUUCAGGUCGCCCUCCUCACCGCCGGCUGCCGCCGCGACGCGUGAGGUUGUCGCAGGCGUCGAGGCGGCACUGCAACGGUCGCUGGAGCCGUCCUCGACGGACUCAAGCAGAACAGGCACCACCGAGAUGGUGUUCAAGUGUGACACUGACGCGGUUGCCUCCAGCUCCACCUCGGACAUCUUCAGCCACACGUGGAGCAGUGCCAGGUUGUCUGCUGAGUUCAACGAGGCCGCCAACGCGGCAGCGGCGCCGGCAACCCCGCCGCGAGAACGACGCAUGCGAGCACACCAGCAGGGCUUCGUGCGCGCUCUUGUCACGCUACUGCAGAGCAACAGUUGCGUCGACGCGGUGCGGCGUCGGGUGCGCAAGACGGUGUUCGGCAGCGCUACCUUUCGAAAGACGACGUCACCCCGGCCUGCCAACUCGCGUUGUCAGUCAUCGCAGCGGCCCCGCAUGGACGGAGAUGACGAGGACGGCGACGGCAGCAACGACAGCACCGUGAUGGCGAAGACUUGCUUUGGUUCUAUCGCCGCAGCUGCGGCGCUGCACACGAGCAUGGCCGUCUGCUACGCAACCAUGGGCCACCCCCCUCGCCGCCGCAAGAGAGGUGAGUGCGGUAGCGAGGAGGACACUUACAACUCCAGUUCGUGCAGCAGCAGCAGCAGCAGCAGCAGCAACAGCAACCACGACAACGCGCAGUGCCGCAUUGUUGAGGCCCACGGUGCACCCGGAGAGCUGUACCGGCGAGCUAAGGGUGAGGAAGCGGAACGACCUCGCCGCCUGCGCCAGCAGCGCGCCCGCGCCUUCGUUUUGGCGGUAGCGAAGCUGCGCCACUGCAUUGCUGGCGUCCCAAUCGACAUCACCCACCUCGCGGCGGUGGAGACAGCGGUGGAUCGGGCCUGCGCGCAAAUGGCCUCCGCCAGUGCCCGUCGCGCCCUGCAGCAAGCGCUGCUGAUCGUGGCUCGGCGCCUGCAGAACCAGCACCGUCGUGCGCAGUUCGUCGCGGGACUCCGUUGUGUCGCAGCAGCCGCGACGACAGUGAUGGAGGCUGCGACCGUCCAGGACGAUGGACAGGCGUCUCGCGCAGAGAGUGAUGACGAGUCGACAUCCAUCACCACGGUUUCGGCCACCGUGGAGGUGUCAACGGGCGACGUCGGUGCCAACCGGAACAGCGCCAGCGCCGGUCAGAGUCAGUCUCUCGUCAGCAGUCGCAGUCGAAGCACCCAGGCGGACAGGGCCAUGGAAGCAGCCCACCACCACCACCGCCGCCGCCGCUGCUCAUCUCCGUCCUGCCCUUCUCCGGACUCGCCAUCCGAGCUGUCCUACUACAGCUCCCCUCACUCAGCCAUGACCACUACUACGACAACAAUGCGCGGGUCUUCCCCGGCUGCGCCGGAUGAGCGCACCUCGGCUUCCGCGAGUGACGAGAAGAGGUCUCUCCGACGUAGGCAGCAGAGCACGUUGUGGCUUCUGCGCACAGUGAGUGCGGAACUCGACGCUCUCGACGCACGCGGGCUGACCCCGCUGCACUACGCCAUCGCCAACCAGAACGCGGGCAUGGUGUACCUGCUCUGCGCCUACGGUGCCACGUUCAUCUUCGCGUCGGAGCAGACGGCGGCGUAUUUGGUGGGGCGCUCGACAGAGGUGGUCGCUGCCGCGGCCGCAGCUGAGCGCCGCACUGACGGAUGCGACAUGGUGACCUUAGUUGCAUCCGAUAUCCAGCCUGCUGCAAGCCGGGAGAAGCUGCAGAGCACCACGGCCCCCACUGACUCCACGUCAACGGACGCCCUUUCGUCCUUGGGAGAGCGCUACUAUGCGCAGCUGACACCAUCAACGCAGGAGGCGCUGCGACGGGCCGCCAAGGCAGGCAGUGCGGAGUAUCUUCUCUGGAUGCCGACCCAGGAGGACCGCGAGACAGAGCGGCAGCACCAGACGCUUCUCUCCACGCUGCCCAUGUCUGAAGCGAGGGAUGCGGCACGCACCAACUCCCAGCACUCAGUGCCGCCACUUGCGCCUCACGCGGUGUUGUCGCCCGCUGCCCCGACCACCACUGUCAUGAGCGCCGCUGCUGCUGACAGAUAUUCGCCGGAAAACGCCCAACGUCACUCGACAUCACCUGUGAUGGCGCCCAUCUCCUGCUUGACGACCGCCUCGCAGCGGCCCACAACGAUGGCCGCUACCCUGACGGUGGCACUGGGCAUCAGCGACGCCGAUGUUGCGACACGCGCCACGGCAACGCCGCCCGAUGCUUCUCUGAGCGCUGAGGAACCACUUGCUAAGGCCUCAGCGAUGACGGGCGGCGUGAAGGACGGCGGUGACGGCGGGGAUGCGCUGGACGUACAACUUCAGACACACCUUAUCCACCAGGAUAUCAAAACAGUGCAGUCCAUCAUCGCAGGCAAAGCUAGCGGCAGCGGCGAAGACCUUGCCGCCUGCUUGCACCCGCCUCCUCAGCGACUGCGACCCGGCCCCAAUGCGGACGUGAGCCUGGAUGAAGCCAAGGCCGGGGCGACAGCGGCAGCAAACUUGAUGGCAGGAAGGUUUUUUAAGCAAGACGUCACCCGAGAAACAUCACUGCAGUCCAACGCGUCGUCGUCCACAGCCGCGAUGCGCACACCAGCGGCUGCGACUUCCGUUGGCGCUGACGGCGCGAGCUCCACAGGGGGGGUCAAGGAGCGUACACAGGGUGUGCGUGGCGCGGCUGUGGAGUACACGCUGCUGGAGCCGCACGAUGUGUUCCUCACGCACGUCGUGCGCAACCCAGCCAAGGCGGAAAGUAUCAUGCGCGCGGCCAUGGAAGGGACAGCGCUGCGCUCCUUGUUUCUCGCCUCCAUCGUCUCGGAGAGGCAGUCCGUAGCGGGGUGCGGGGGAGCGAGCCAUCAUCUGUGCUCACCGGUGUCAGCAAGUCGAUCGUCGUAUGGGAAGGGCGAUGGAUGCUAA